AUGUUCGCCAUGCUGCGUCUGAUCUGUUUGACGGCAAGUCUGCGGGCCGUGCUCUCCAUGAGAACUUCCGACAAUCAGAAGGCUCGACCAGCGGUGGAGUGCCAGGAGGGAAACACCGCGCAGGUGGGCUGCAAGUCUGUUUGCCGCUGGCUCAACCUCACAACGGACACCAGCAAUGGCCAAUGUGAUCAGUACGUCGAGAGACUCCAAGGUCGCGGCUAUUCCAAGCAGAGCACACUUAAAUUCUGGGGGCACGCCUCGAGCAUGGAGCCCAUCGUGAAAGUUUUGAGCACAAACUGCCUGGAGAAGGAGCUGGACGUGUAUCUUGCCGCUCUCAUCCAGCUUGUGGAGCGAAUGGAGCCCAAGAAGAAGGACAAGUACAGGGAGGAUCUUGACGAGCUGGAGAAGCGCGUCACAGAAAGGCUGGCGCCCGACGUCUUGGCAAAAGAGGACGAUUUUGCGGACGACGGAACGCCACUCCCAGCCUGCCCAAGGGACUUCGCUGUGGAGGCUGGCGAUAUCCUCUCCUUUGAGCAAGGCGGUCCAGACUUCGCGGAGAUUUCAUCAGUGAUUUCAGAUUUUGCGGCCAAUAGUGACGCAUUGAAGCUACAGAUGCAUUUUCGCUAUGGAGCUCACUUCAGCUAUGAGAACACCUUCAAUACCAGCACGGAUGUGGAGUGGAAGAACCGCAGCAUUGCAGGCAAAGCCAAGCGGAUUUUCGAACUCAUAUGGAAGCAUUCUGCCAACACGGCGGUGAAGGUAGGCAAGAUCUUCGCGGAUGCGGGCAUCAACUUGGGCAAGGGCGUGGUGGAUCUGCUGUGGAACAUCGGGCUCGUGUUCGGCAAGUUCUUCACUUGGACUGGUGCAGGCAUCACCUCCGUGUAUGGAAGCCAGAGGCAAACCACCAAGCAUACAGGCGCCGUUCACUUCACGCACACGGAGCUAGGAGUGGACAGAAACCAGUUGAUGUCAGCAUACAGUGAUGCGGGAGUCAUGGGCAGCCGGUUGUGCAGCGACUAUCGCAACAAGCCCGUCAGAGCUGGCAAGAUCAUCAUCUCGCGCUUUGUGGGCGAUGGCACAAUUAAUGCACGCAACUAUCGGUCCCUGACCGCUUCCCGUGCCCAGAUGUGGAAGCCAUACCUGCAGCACUAUGCAGACACGGUGGGCCAGUGGCAUCGUGUCGCGGUGGGCAAGUGCCUCAGCAUCUUCGGAACUCCUGGGCAAGAUGACUAUUUCCAAGCAGUGACCGACGAGAAGGUGAGAGAGAUGUGGGACUAUGUGGAUACGCCAGAAAAUGCGGAAUCCGGCUUCUAUGAGGGUAUCAAGGACUCUUUCCGCACCCACAAGGAUGUUGAAAAUGCGACCGUCCGAGUGAAGCCGAAGGCCAUGUUCUGCUCCAAGUUCGCGGCUGCGGUGUGGUCCUCAACCAUCGGCAACCCCACUGCGCAGCCUGCUGCCACGCCCCGCGCUGCGGACCUGAAGAAGAUGCUUCCCUUCAACCCAGGUGCCUGCAGUCCUUGGACCAUAGCACAGUGGCUUACCAGCGCGUCGGGGAGGAAGUACUGGCGGAGCUGUUUGGCAGAUGCAUCGAACGAGACCGCCUGGAACCCUUGCGAAGCGCGAUAG